AGGGAACGCACACAGUCGAUCUCCCAGAAAAACGCGACAAACUAAACGAUACACUAAAAAAAAAAAUCCGACCGAACGUGCACUUACGAUUGCCAAAAAAAAAUCAGUGAACUCUAUUUUUUUGCUGUUGAAAAAUAUCUGUGCCCAAAUCAAAAACCCUAUUGAAUAAGCACCCACUACACAAUCCAGAAAUAACUCAAAAGGAGUAUUCCGAGUCGAAGUCCGAGACAAAGAAGAUGCUCAAGUGGGCCGUCAACCAGCCGAGACCCUCGUACUUGGCCAAGGAUGAGGCGAUGGCCGCCAGUGAGCCACCAGUGGGUGCCAGCUACAGCGAGUUCCACGCCCUGCGGGGAAAGCUGAAGAGGAAGUCCCUUGGCUUGGCCCACGGCAAGGAGAACCAGCUGACCUCCACUCCGCUGCCCGCCACUACCAGCUCCUUGACCCUCAACACCCGCACGCCUCUCCUGAAGGACCUCAGCAACAUCCUGGCCACGCCUUCCCCUUCAGUUGGCGGAGCUAAUAGAGGAUCCAAUGGAGUAGCCAAUGGAGGAACCAAUGGAGGAACCAAUGGAGGAGCAGCAGCUCCCCUCAAGUUCGCCUGCACACUGCCCACCUUCGAGGCGGAGUACUCCCCGAAUGCCGCAGUCAUUCCUGGUUCCCUGAUCGCCCUUCGCGGAGUGGGCAUCCCGGAUAGCUACUUCGAGAAGCCGCGCUACCUGGAGCAGAAGCCCCUCCCUCAUCCGCAUCCUCAUCCGCAUCCCCAUUCGCAUCCAGCUGCUCCGGAAAGCGGGCAGACGACACUCAGCUCCAGCCAGAUGGGCGAUGUGACUCUGGAGCGGAUGAUCGACGCGAUCCUCGAGAGCAACCGCAAGGGGCCGCAUCCCCGCCAGCCGAGGCAGCAUCUCCGCCAGCGGCACAGGCAGCAGAUCCUGCGCACCAGCCACACCCACAGCCAUGUCCAGACCCACUCUCCAACCUACAGACCUGCAUUUGAUCCUGCCAGCGAUCUCUGCGAGUACUGGAAGUCGCCCUCGCGAAGGGACUCCCUGCCAGCGGAUCACUUCGAGGAGCGGGAGGUGCGCUCCCCCGCCCCCCUGCCACACCCAAUGCCACUCCCACUCGGAGUGCACUCCAACGGGAAGCGGAUCUCGCUGCAGCUGCGCAGGCAGCGGGUGGUGCGGCGCAAGCGGAAGAUCGCCACCAAGAUCUCCUCCAGCGUGCGGCAGUCGGCGCAGAAGCUCCUGGCGGCGGCGGCGGCGAGAUCGGGAGGAGUUCCUCCCGAGAAGAUUCGCCACAUCAGUCCGGACAGUGGACACAACUCGACCAGCGAUUGCGAGCUGGAGGAGGAGCACUGCCAGCGGAAUCGAGGGGGAUUACUGGGUGGCGAGGAGUUGGAGGAGGCCUGCCAACUGGACGCCAUGUGGCUGCAGUCGCAGGUCAGAGAUGCCACCAAAAGACGCCUCAGCUUUUCCCUGGCGGAUCACAGCUAAUCCUUAAAGAUAUUCCUAUUUUAUUUU